CAGCAAUCGACAAGGCAAAGGCCAUGUAUGCGUUGGGAAGAUGUCAGGUAGCGGAGCUUAUGUUGGGACCAACUGCCUUCUUUGUCUGGGCGUGUCACAGACUCAUUCAUGCAAAGAUGCACUUCACUUAACUUCACUUCACUUCCCCUUCUCUUUUCCCACUUUUGGGCGUUUCUUCAACGCAGUUUUUCUUCAGUUUUUUCUCUUUCUCUUCUCUAUUCUGACCGACCAUCAUUUUCGCUCACCCAGUCCGGCCAGCCUCUAAGAAUUAUCCCAUAUAUAUUUAGAUUUCCUUUUCCUUUUAAGUUACGGUUCCUCAGAGUAAGUAUGUUCUCCCGCCAUUGCCAGCGCGACCAGAGAAACUGAUCAGAGAGAAAGCGUUAGAAAAAACGUACGGCUACUAAUGAUGGCUUUUCUUGAAUGGGUUUGUUGUGUAGUAGUACUGCUUUCAGUGGCUUCUUUGCGUGGCUGCAUGGGGGGCGGUGAUGGCGUCCCUAUCCAACUAAACGACGAUGUUUUAGGCCUCAUCGUCUUCAAAUCAGACCUUCAAGACCCCUCUUCUUAUCUCGCCUCCUGGAACGAAGACGACGACUCCCCCUGCUCUUGGAAAUACAUUCACUGCAAUCCCGUCUCCGGCCGAGUUUCCGAGGUUUCGCUUGACGGUUUGGGCAUAACGGGAAGAAUUGGACGAGGGCUCGAGAAGUUGCAACACUUGAAGGUACUCUCACUGUCCCGUAACAAUUUUUCUGGUAGUAUUUCUCCCCAGCUCGCCCUUUCUUCUGGCCUCGAGAGGCUUAAUCUCAGUCAUAAUAGUCUUUCAGGCAGCAUUCCCAUUUCUCUUGUGAAUAUGAGUUCUUGUAGAUUUCUUGAUCUUUCGGAGAAUUCAUUCUCCGGCCCACUGCCUGAUAAUCUGUUUCAAGACUGUUUGUCCUUCCGGCACCUGUCGUUCGCAAGGAAUAUGCUCGAAGGGCCAAUUCCCAGUACGUUGUCUAGAUGCUCCUCUUUGAAUAACCUUAAUCUCUCCAAUAACCGUUUCUCCGGUGUCCCGGAUUUCGCUUCCGGGAUUUGGUCGUUGAAAAGGCUUCGGGCUUUGGAUCUUUCCAACAAUAAACUCUCUGGGUCUGUGCCGGAAGGGAUAUCGGCCCUACAUAACUUGAAAGAGCUCCUAUUACAGGGAAAUCACUUCUCAGGAACCCUACCGGCUGAUGUAGGACUAUGCACGCACUUGCGUAGGUUGGAUUUCGGUGAUAAUUAUUUUGCCGGAGCUCUGCCAGAUUCACUGCAAAGGCUAAAUUCUUUGACCCUUUUCAGAGUAUCAAAUAACAUGUUAACUGGUGAUUUCCCUGCGUGGAUUGGUAACAUGAGCAGCCUGGAAUACAUAGACUUCUCAAGCAAUGCUUUCACAGGAAGCCUCCCAUCAUCAAUCGGUGUCCUGAAAUCACUCAACCAUUUGAGUUUGUCUGAUAACAAAUUCAGUGGAAACAUCCCAAUGUCACUGGUUUAUUGCACGGAGUUAUCCGUUGUUCAGUUGAGAGGUAACAGCUUUGAUGGAAGCAUACCGGAGAGUUUGUUCGAUCUGGGAUUGGAGGAAGUAGACUUUUCAUAUAACGGAUUGGGCGGCUCGAUCCCACACGGUUCAAGUAGGCUCUUCCAAUCUCUCCACAGAAUGGAUCUGUCGAUGAACAAUCUUACAGGACGUAUUCCUGCAGAACUGGGUCUUUUCUCCAACUUGAGAUACUUGAAUCUAUCAUGGAACAAUCUCCAGUCGACAGUGCCGCCGGAAAUCGGGUUCUUUCAGAACUUAACCGUCCUGGAUCUUCGUAACAGUGGUUUGUACGGUUCGAUCCCAGGAGACAUAUGUGAUUCAGGAAGUUUGGGAAUUCUUCAGUUAGAUGGAAAUGCAUUGAUGGGCUCCAUUCCAGAAGAGAUUGGGAACUGUACAUCUCUCUACUUACUGAGCAUCUCCCACAAUAAUUUGAGUGGUUCAAUUCCCAAGUCCAUUUCUAAGUUAUGGAAGCUGAAGAUUUUAAAACUGGAGUUGAAUGAACUGAGCGGGGAGAUACCCCAAGAACUUGGAAGAUUGGAAAAUCUUCUUGCUGUAAAUAUAUCUUAUAACAGGCUGGUAGGCAGGCUUCCUGAUGGGGGUAUAUUUCAAACCCUGGAUGAAAGUUCCUUGCAGGGAAACUUGGGCAUUUGCUCACCCUUGUUGAAGGGACCAUGUACGAUGAAUGUUCCCAAGCCUCUAGUUCUUGACCCCAAUGCCUACAAGAAUCAAAUGGGUGGUGAUCAUAAACAAAGAAACAGAUUUCCCAGGUCCACAGAAGGCGGCCAUGACCACAGUUUCCUAAGUGUUUCUGCAAUUGUAGCUAUUUCUGCAGCAAUAUCUAUCGCAUUUGGUGUGAUUGUCAUCACUCUACUCAAUGUUUCAGCUCGGAGGAGGCUCACAUUUGUCGACAACGCCUUGGAAAGCACUUGCUCAAGCUCUUCACGAUCAGGAAGUCCACCCACAGGGAAGCUGAUUCUGUUUGAUUCAAGUUCACCCCCGCCAGAUUGGAUUGGAAAUCCUGAAUCUCUACUUAGCAAGUCCUGUGAGAUUGGUGAAGGAGUGUUUGGAACAGUUUACAAGGCUUCAUUGGGAGCACAAGGAUUAAGAAUGGUAGCAAUUAAAAAGCUUGUCACAUCAAAUACCAUUCAAUAUCCUGAAGAUUUUGAUAGGGAAGUUAAAAUCUUAGGAAAAGCAAAGCACCCUAAUCUGAUAGAACUGAAGGGAUACUUCUGGACCCCUCAAACACAGCUUCUGGUAUCUGAGUAUGCAGCCAAUGGCAGCUUACAAGCAAAACUCCAUGAAAGGCUUCCUUCGGUCCCCCCUCUUUCUUGGGCCAUUAGAUUCAAAAUCCUCCUUGGAACAGCAAAGGGACUUGCCCACUUGCACCAUUCCUUCCGUCCACCCAUCAUUCACUACAACAUAAAACCCAGCAACAUCUUGCUUGAUGAGAAUCACAACCCAAAGAUUUCAGAUUUUGGGCUGGCAAUGCUUCUAACAAAGCUGGGCAAGCACAUAAUAAGCAACAGAUUUCAGAGCGCGCUUGGUUAUGUGGCGCCAGAAUUAGCAUGCCAGAGCUUAAGGGUGAACGAAAAAUGUGAUGUUUAUGGGUUUGGCGUGAUGAUCCUUGAGCUUGUGACCGGUCGACGGCCAGUGGAAUAUGGAGAAGACAAUGUUGUGAUAUUGAGCGACCACGUGAGGGUUUCUCUGGAGCAAGGGAAUGUGUUGGAUUGUGUUGAUCCAAGCAUGAGCGAGUACCCGGAGGAUGAAGUCUUGCCGGUUCUCAAGCUGGCUCUGGUUUGCACCACUCAGAUACCUUCCAGCCGGCCGUCAAUGGCAGAAGUGGUGCAAAUACUUCAGGUCAUUCAGACCCCAGUUCCACAGAGAAUGGGAAUAUACUAAUAACAUGCAUGCAUGCAUGCAUGCAUUCAAGCAAUAUUAAUCUGACUGCUCUUGACUUGCUUCAACAACAAACAGAUAAUUUGCUUAUUGCUUUUGAAAAAGUCUUUCCUAUUUCUCUUCUUUUGAUUGGUCA